AUGGCAAUAGUUGUCGUAUGCAGCACUAGGGCACUAAGGGUGGUGCCAAUAGCGACUGCGGCGAAAGGGAAGAGUGAAGGAGUGGUUGAGGAGGAGGCGGCUCUUAGGAAGGGUAGGAUUGAGAAGAUCGACAUUACGAUCGACUCUCGCCAUCUAGAAUGCUUUAGUUCCUCCGAGCCCCUUGGCCCUCUUCUCUUCAAGCUGGACCCUAAACAUCAUCCGCUCGAAGACGAACUCCACGACCUGGAGGAACCACGCCACGAGCUAGUUGCGGUGGUCCCGGAGGAGGACGAGGGCGAGCCUGAGUGGCAGAGGCCGCGGCGGCGGCGGCGGCGGCGGCAGGAGCCGCCGCCUCCCGAGGAGGUCGAAGCCGAAGAAGUCUUCGGCUCCCAGGUAGAGGUAGAGGAGGAGGAGGAGGAGGAGGAGGAGGAAGGAGAGGCGCGCUGGAGAGCUCGCAAGCUACUCCACCCCCUACCCUCUCCCAAUCCCAAAACUCCACUAACCUUUCGUUUACCUCUCCUCCACCCUCUUUCUUCGCGCGCGGAUACCGAAAAGGGAGCGGCGAGGUGCUAUAUCAAAUGCAUGUUGCGGGCGGGNCACCACCAGCAUCACCACGACCACGACCACGACGCGCCUCCUCCUCACCCUCAGCACCCCUUCUCCUCCCUCCUCUUCGACGACGACCACGACGACGACGAUCCCGACGAAACCCUAAUCGACGACCACAAACCCUCGUGCAACCCUUCCCCGGCCCCGUCCAUGCCCUCCGUCGACCCCACCCCCCACAUCUCCUCCCAAUUCUACACCUUCAACCGCGAUUCCCAUGCCCUCAUGGUCCGCUGCAUCCUCGAGUCGCGCCUCGCCACCCCCGACGAGAUCCGCGGCGCCACCCCGCGCUCCGUCCUCCGCUCCUGGCGCUCCGUCUGGAAGGACCGCAACGAGGACACUGCCUACCUCACCGCCUGGAAGCGCAUCCAGGACAAGCUCUCCGCCUCCCCCGACCCCUCCGGCGGUGGCGCCCUCUUCUUCAAGAACAACCCCGCGCAGCGCGUCUCCCAUGUCGAGCAGUGGCACGAGAUCGUCGCCGCUGCCCACGCCGACCCCGACCUCCUCCGCCACCUCGGCCUCAAGGACACCGUCGACCGCAUCAAGCAGUCGUGGACCGUUGGCGCCAAGUUCUAUGGCAUCCCUGAAUCCUUCGUCCGCGUCUGCGUCGCCUCCUGCCCCGUGUGUACCUCUGCAUCGUCCGGCGGGGCCGUGUCACCGGGAGGCAGCGGGGCCAGGACAAAGCGGCGGCGGUUCGAGUACACGGAGACGCUCGACGUGCCCGCCAAGGACGUGCCGCGCCGGCUCCAGCAGCUGGCCGCCAAGCACAAGGUCGUGCUCUGCAUCCGCCAGAAGUACAUCCGCUACAAGCCCUUCAUGGCCGAGGUGAAGGACUACGCCUGCCACCGUGCGGGGGAGCCGACCUCGGCCUCAGCUUCCUCAACCUCCGGCGGGAAGAAGGCGCGGGUUCUUAAACGUGAGCCAUAUCAGUCUAAGCGGUGCGGGUGCGGCUUCCGCAUAAGGGCCAUCGUGCCAAUCACCAACUACAAUGAGAAAGACAAGACCUUUGUGUACCAGGAGGAGGGCACGGCUGUGUUCAAGUUGUAUGCCGUGCAUUCAGGGCACGAGCCUGGGCCGUUGGAUGGCAAUGCGAGGAUCGUCCACCGCCUGGUCGGGCACAAGGGCGCGCUCGAAUUAGACCCUGAGGUUUAUGGCGUGAGUGAGGACAAUGAGCAUGUAUCAUUCGCUAGUUUCUUGGGUAAGGAUGAUGUGAGUGAUUCCCAAAAUAUGGUUCUGCCACAGAUUCAGGAGCUUAGAGCUGAGCUUGGGUUAUUGGAAGGGAGGGUCUCUAAGAUGCCGUCAGAUAUGUUAGGUUCGCUAUCGAAUGAGCUGUUGGAUAUUUUGCAUAGGAUUAAGAAGUUUAGUUUGGACGGUAGUGUGCACCACUUGGAGGAGACUUUGGCGGUAGGCGAUGAGGAGGUUGGGCCAUGGGGACCGGAGGGAACCCACCAUCUAGAUAGGCACGAUCUAGAUAGACAUGAUAGGAUUUUUAGCAAGGAUGAUGAGAUGAUUGAAGACGAGGAGGCCGAUCUUGAUUCAGGUCUUGGCCACAUUGUUCAGUGGGACAGAAUGGCAGCAGAAUGCCAUGAUAGGAAAAUACAUCUUAUAGGGGAGAGCCUGAAAUCCGACAAGUGGAUGAUGAAGGAAGAUGUUGGUGAUUUCGAUGAGAAGAGCAUUCUCAAUUGUGGGGAUGAUGAUGAUGUGGUGGAUUCUAAGCUCAUAAGGCCUUUGAGGCAUGACGAAUCAAUCUUGGCAGAUCCAAAUCUGGUUGGUAUGCAGGUGGAUGCCUUCUAUGCACAGAAAUGGUGUGAUUCGCCCAGUGUUUUGCCAACUGGGGAUGGAGGGGAUGUCGGGUUUAGGCCUGUGUAAAAUUAGGCGAGGGGAACGUGCGUCUUAUUUCCCUCCCUCCUAGAUGCGAAGAUAUCGUUUCACUAUUGAAUACUCAAUUUAUUCUUCGGGCUGGAUAUGUGAUGGAUAUGAUUGCAGAUUUGGCAGCACUUAUAAGUUUAGCUCCUAUUUGGAUGCGUAAAUGUUCUGUUCGGUUUCAGGUGGCUGGUUUUGCAUCCAGCCUCUAUUCUGACUGGAGUUUGACCACUUCCAAAUAGAACACUGGUGGUAGAUAUACGGAUCACAAGGAAAGGUUUCAGGUGGCUGGUUUUGCAUCCAGCUCUAUUCUGACUGGAGUUUGAGCACUUCAAAAUAAAACACUGGUGGUAGAUAUACGGAUCACAAGGAAAGGUGUUCCUUAACUUGUUGAAAAGCUUUGGAGUAGCCUCACACAUUUGAUGGAAUGGGUGUACCACCAUUAAGGACGGUAGAGGUUGACAAAAAGUUAGCACCAAGUCCUAAUUAUUUACAAUGGGACAGAGAGGAUACUACAAUCCUCUCAUGGAUUAAUGCAACAUUACCCCUACCUAUUCUUCAGAUGGUGAUAUCCAGUUUGCCGAAGUCAGCUCGCGACGCCUGGGUCUUCAUUGAAAAUUACUUCCUUGACAAGACUGCUUCUACUGCCUUUUCUCUUAGGGCGUAAUUGCGUAGCAUUAAAAAUGGGUCAAUGACUACGUCAGAGUAUAUGUAGGAGGUCAAAUCUAUCAGACACUUCUAACUAUUGGGAAAGGAGGAAAUAGAAAUGCAACGUCACUGGAGCCAUACUACAUUCUUAUUCGGAGAUUCUAGUGCCCUCUAUGCAAACUGUGGACGAGGAACUAGGAGAGGCAAGAAUAAUAUAUCUAGAGGAGGACGAGGACAAGAAGGUGGUCAUCAUCCAUAGCCUGGGCGUGGGCAGCAUGGAGAAGCACCGUAUCAACAAUUUUCAUCUACAAAACCUACGCAUCCUUGACAAUACCCACCUAUGCCUGAACAACUUCCUCAGCAUUGUCCUGAACCAAUGAUGCCUCAAGCUGGAAUUCAGUGUCAAAGCUGUGGUAAAUUCAACCACAUUACUCUCAAGUGUAGGCAGAGGUUCAACUAUACCUUUAUUGUGGAUGACAUAUUGUAAACUAUUGCUGCCACGAGCCUUCAAGAGCCUUCUGAGAAGGUGUGGUACCUUGACACUGGAGCGUCUAAUCACAUGAUGUCGGAUGCAGCCAUGCAGGUAUACUUUUUGAUUCUAAGCCUCACUUUGGAACAGAUAAAAUAUUUGUUGAUAAUGGUCAUUUGCUUCCUAUUACUCAUACAGGUGAAUCUACUUUGAAUACUUCAUCCAAACCCUUUUGUCUCAAAAACGGUCUUGUUGUUCCUCAGAUUAAAAAAAAAAAACUUGCUCUCUGUUAGUAAAUUUUGUACUGAUAAUAACUUCCUUAAGUUUGGUUCUGCUGGUUUUGUGUGAAGGAGAAGGGAACAGGGAAUGAGCUUCGAUGCUGUAGUUCAGGAACUUCACUUUAUCCGUCAUUGACAGUUGCAAGUAUUAGAAAUAACAACAGGUGCUUUGGUUACCUCAAAAGUUAAUAGUGGGGACUUAUGGCAUAAAAGAUUAGGGCGUCCAAGUUUAGAUGUUUUAUCCAAAUUUAUUGAAGACAAUAAUUUUAUAGGAGAGUUUGAAGUUAAGAUGUCUUAUUACAAUUCUUGUAAUAUCAUUAAACAUGUUAAUCUUUCAUUUAAAAAAAAUCACAAUCUCAAUCUAUUUCUUUAUUUCAUUUAAUAAAUCACAAUCUCAAUCUGUUUCUCUAUUUCAUUUAAUAAAUCACAAUCUCAAUUUGUUUCCCCAUUUUAUUUAAUUCAUUCAGAUGUUUGGCAAUCACCUAUUUAUUCUAUUUCUGGUUAUAAAUUUUAUAUUGUUUUCGUAGACAUAUCUUUUGAAACAUGAAUAUGAGGUUUUUGAUUAUUUUUUUGAAUUUAACGCUAUUAUUGAAAAUAUUUUUGAUAAGCAAAUUAAGUUUUUCCAAUAUGAUGGAAGAAGAUAAUUUGUCAAUGAGAAAUUUUCGUCUCUUUUUUGUCAAACUGAUAUUAUUCAUCGUAUGUCUUGCCCUUACACACCACAAUAGAAUAGUGUAGCUGAGAACAAACAUAGAAAUUUGAUAAAUGUAGGGAGAGCCAUUCUUUUUCAUUCUUUAGCCUUCUUGUUUUGGAUAAUGCCCUAAUGCAAUCUUUUUUUCUUACCAAUCGCUUGCCCUCUCUUAUUGUUCUUGAAAGGAAGUCACCAUACCAACUUUUAUAUGGUCUUAAUCCUCCAGACUUGCAACUUGUGAUAGUUUUUUGGAUGCUUGUGUUAUCCAACUUACAGGGCCUUGCGAGUUACAAACUCUCACCUCGUCCCUUACUUUAUGUCUACCUUGGCAUUUCUGAUAAACACAAGGUUUGUUUUUAUUCACAGACCGGUAAAGUUUUUAUCUCUCGCCAUGUUACUUUUGUUGAGUAUAUUUUAAUUUCUUGCCUCUCUAAAUUUUCUCAAACUAAUAGCUCUGACUUUCAAAUGUUUCAAGAUUUUCUUGCUAAUCCUCCUUUGUUAGGAGCGAUCCUUCAACUCUUGAAGUCAUUGUAAGUUUUAAUUUUCUUCCCUCAGAGGAUUAUUUGAUUGUUCCUUCUUCCUCCACUUCCAAUUUACCUGUUUUUGAAGCUAUAGAGAUCACUAAUACGAACAAUAAUUUUUUUGGUCCAUUGACUGGAACUUUAGUGCACCCACCGCCGUGUGUCAGAAACAUCUCCGAGUAUAUACGAAGAAAUCUACUUCCAAACAUUCUACUAUUGAACCAUUACCUUCCUCACCACCACUUGACCCACAAUUACCAUAAGCUGACCCUGUAUCCUCUACAUCCACUUUAUGUUUGCUACCACCACUUCAACACCAACCACCAACCGCACCUCCCUAUCUAUAUCCUUCACAACUCAUGGUAUUCUUACACAGUCCAUGACUAACCAGCAAGAUACUUCCACCUCUCUCUUGGCUUCUUCACAAUCUACUCUUUUAGUUAAAUCUAAUAAUUUCUCUGAAGCGUUUCAGGAUGUAAGAUGAUGUCAAAUCAUGCAAAAAGAAUUUUAGGCUCUUCUCUUUAACUCUAUCAAGGACCUAGCUGCUCCACCAACCUCUAUUGAUCUUUUUGGGUGUAAAUGAGUCUAUAAAGUAAAGCAAAAAGCAGACGGUUCAUUGGAGUGUUAGAAAGCUUGUCUUUUUGCACAAGGCUUCAAGCAGCAACAAGGGAUUGAUUUUGACGAGACUUUCUCCUGUCGUGAAGUUUACUGCUAUUCGAACAAUUAUUUCUGUUGCUGUAUUUUCUGGCUGGACUCUUUGCCAACUCAAUGUAAAGAAUGCUUUUCUUCAUGGUGUUCUAAACAAAGAACAUUAUAUAAAACAACCUCUUGGGGUUGUUCAUCCUUCGUUGUCUAUCA